AUGACCUGCACCUCCCUGCGACUGGCACCUCCUUCUGCACCUCCCUGCGACUGUCACCUCCCUCUGCACCUCCCUGCGACUGUCACCUCCCUCUGUACCUCCCUGCGACUGUCACCUCCUUCUGCACCUCCCUGCGACUGUCACCUCCCUCUGUACCUCCCUGCGACUGUCACCUCCCUCUGUACCUCCCUGCGACUGUCACCUCCUUCUGCACCUCCCUGCGACUGUCACCUCCCUCUGUACCUCCCUGCGACUGUCACCUCCCUCUGUACCUCCCUGCGACUGUCACCUCCUUCUGCACCUCCCUGCGACUGUCACCUCCCUCUGCACCUCCCUGCGACUGUCACCUCCCUCUGUACCUCCCUGCGACUGUCACCUCCUUCUGCACCUCCCUGCGACUGUCACCUCCCUCUGCACCUCCCAGCGAUUGGCACCUCCUUCUGCACCUCCCUGCGACUGUCACCUCCUUCUGCACCUCCCUGCGACUGGCACCUCCUUCUGCACCUCCCUGCGACUGGCACCUCCUUCUGCACCUCCCUGCGACUGGCACCUCCUUCUGCACCUCCCUGCGACUGGCACCUCCCUCUGUACCUCCCUGCGACUGUCACCUCCCUCUGCACCUCCCUGCGACUGUCACCUCCCUCUGUACCUCCCUGCGACUGUCACCUCCUUCUGCACCUCCCUGCGACUGUCACCUCCUUCUGCACCUCCCUGCGACUGUCACCUCCCUCUGUACCUCCCUGCGACUGUCACCUCCUUCUGCACCUCCCUGCGACUGUCACCUCCUUCUGCACCUCCCUGCGACUGUCACCUCCCUCUGUACCUCCCUGCGACUGUCACCUCCUUCUGCACCUCCCUGCGACUGUCACCUCCUUCUGCACCUCCCUGCGACUGUCACCUCCCUCUGUACCUCCUUGCGACUGUCACCUCCCUCUGUACCUCCCUGCGACUGUCACCUCCCUCUGUACCUCCCUGCGACUGUCACCUCCCUCUGCACCUCCCUGCGACUGUCACCUCCCUCUGUACCUCCCUGCGACUGUCACCUCCUUUUGCACCUCCCUGCGACUGUCACCUCCUUUUGCACCUCCCUGCGACUGUCACCUCCCUCUGUACCUCCCUGCGACUGUCACCUCCUUUUGCACCUCCCUACGACUGUCACCUCCCUCUGUACCUCCCUGCGACUGUCACCUCCUUCUGCACCUCCCUGCGACUGUCACCUCCUUUUGCACCCUCCCUGCGACUGUCACCUCCUUUUGCACCUCCCUGCGACUGUCACCUCCCUCUGCACCUCCCUGCGACUGUCACCUCCUUCUGUACCUCCCUGCAACUGUCACCUCCUUCUGCACCUCCCUGCGACUGUCACCUCCUUUUGCACCUCCCUGCGACUGUCAUCUCCUUCUGCACCUCCCUGCGACUGUCACCUCCCUCUGUACCUCCCUGCGACUGUCACCUCCUUCUGCACCUCCCUGCGACUGUCACCUCCUUUUGCACCUCCCUGCGACUGUCACCUCCUUCUGCACCUCCCUGCGACUGUCACCUCCUUUUGCACCUCCCUACGACUGUCACCUCCCUCUGUACCUCCCUGCGACUGUCACCUCCUUCUGCACCUCCCUGCGACUGUCACCUCCUUUUGCACCUCCCUGCGACUGUCACCUCCUUUUGCACCUCCCUGCGACUGUCACCUCCCUCUGCACCUCCCUGCGACUGUCACCUCCUUCUGUACCUCCCUGCAACUGUCACCUCCUUCUGCACCUCCCUGCGACUGUCACCUCCUUUUGCACCUCCCUGCGACUGUCAUCUCCUUCUGCACCUCCCUGCGACUGUCACCUCCCUCUGUACCUCCCUGCGACUGUCACCUCCCUCUGUACCUCCCUGCGACUGUCACCUCCUUCUGCACCUCCCUGCGACUGUCACCUCCUUUUGCACCUCCCUGCGACUGUCACCUCCCUCUGUACCUCCCUGCGACUGUCACCUCCUUCUGCACCUCCCUGCGACUGUCACCUCCUUCUGCACCUCCCUGCGACUGUCACCUCCUUUUGCACCUCCUUGCGACUGUCACCUCCUUUUGCACCUCCCUGCAACUGUCACCUCCCUCUGUACCUCUCUGCGACUGUCACCUCCUUUUGCACCUCCCUGCGACUGUCACCUCCCUCUGUACCUCCCUGCGACUGUCACCUCCUUCUGCACCUCCCUGCGACUGUCACCUCCUUUUGCACCUCCCUGCGACUGUCAUCUCCUUCUGCAGCUCCCUGCGACUGUCACCUCCCUCUGUACCUCCCUGCGACUGUCACCUCCCUCUGUACCUCCCUGCGACUGUCACCUCCCUCUGUACCUCCCUGCGACUGUCACCUCCCUCUGUACCUCCCUGCGACUGUCACCUCCUUUUGCACCUCCCUGCGACUGUCACCUCAUUCUGCACCUCCCUGCGACUGUCACCUCCCUCUGCACCUCCCUGCGACUGUCACCUCCUUCUGCACCUCCCUGCGACUGUCACCUCCUUUUGCACCUCCCUGCGACUGUCACCUCCCUCUGUACCUCCCUGCGACUGUCACCUCCUUCUGCACCUCCCUGCGACUGUCACCUCCUUCUGCACCUCCCUGCGACUGUCACCUCCUUUUGCACCUCCUUGCGACUGUCACCUCCUUUUGCACCUCCCUGCAACUGUCACCUCCCUCUGUACCUCUCUGCGACUGUCACCUCCUUUUGCACCUCCCUGCGACUGUCACCUCCCUCUGUACCUCCCUGCGACUGUCACCUCCUUCUGCACCUCCCUGCGACUGUCACCUCCUUUUGCACCUCCCUGCGACUGUCAUCUCCUUCUGCACCUCCCUGCGACUGUCACCUCCCUCUGUACCUCCCUGCGACUGUCACCUCCCUCUGUACCUCCCUGCGACUGUCACCUCCCUCUGUACCUCCCUGCGACUGUCACCUCCCUCUGUACCUCCCUGCGACUGUCACCUCCUUUUGCACCUCCCUGCGACUGUCACCUCAUUCUGCACCUCCCUGCGACUGUCACCUCCUUCUGCACCUCCCUGCGACUGUCACCUCCUUUUGCACCUCCCUGCGACUGUCAUCUCCUUCUGCACCGCCCUGCGACUGUCACCUCCCUCUGUACCUCCCUGCGACUGUCACCUCCCUCUGUACCUCCCUGCGACUGUCACCUCCCUCUGUACCUCCCUGCGACUGUCACCUCCCUCUGUACCUCCCUGCGACUGUCACCUCCCUCUGCACCUCCCUGCGACUGUCACCUCCUUCUGCACCUCCCUGCGACUGUCACCUCCUUUUGCACCUCCCUGCGACUGUCACCUCCCUCUGUACCUCCCUGCGACUGUCACCUCAUUCUGCACCUCCCUGCGACUGUCACCUUCUGCACCUCCCUGCGACUGUCACCUCCUUUUGCACCUCCCUGCGACUGGCACCUCCCUCUGUACCUCCCUGCGACUGUCACCUCAUUCUGCACUUCCCUGCGACUGUCACCUCCUUCUGCACUUCCCUGCGACUGUCACCUCCUUCUGCACUUCCCUGCGACUGGCACCUCCUUCUGCACCUCCUUCUGUUCGAACAUCAUUCAUUCGUUGUUCAUAUGAAAUCUACUUGUAA